AUGCCUCUCGGCCAAUCAGAGUCUAGGAAAGAUGUCAGGUCUGACAACUUGUCGGACGAAAAUAUUGAUGAAAUGCUCUCCUGGGAGUCGGAAUUUAUUCCACCACCUCCACCCCACCACCACCAUCAUCAUCACCAACCCCGCCACCACCACCAUUACCACCAUCCUCACCAUUACCAACCACCACCUUCACCCCACAACCACCACCAUCACAACCCACCUCACCACCCCAACCCCACCACCACCAACCUUACCAAUACCACCACCACCAUCACAACCUACCUCACCAAUACCACCACCACACCCACCCAACCACCGCCACCAACCUUACCAAUACCACCCCCACCCCACCACCACCACCACCAUCACAACCAACCUCACCAAUACCACCCCCACCCCACCACCACAACCAUCACAACCAUCCUCACCAAUACCACCCCCACCCAACCACCACCACCGCCACCAACCUUACCAAUACCACCACCACCCCCACCAACGUCACCAAUACCACCACCACCCCCACCCCACCACCACCAACCUUACCAAUACCACCACCACCCCCACCACACCACCACAAUCACAACCAACCUCACCAAUACCACCACUACCCCCACCCAACCACCACCACCAUCACAACCAACCUCACCAAUACCACCACCACCCCCACCCCACCGCCAUCACCACCACCACCAUCACAACCAACCUCACCAAUACCACCAUCACAACCAACCUCACCAAUACCACCACCACCCCCACCCCACCAUCACAACCAACCUCACCACCACCAACCUCACCUCAACCCCCACCACCACAGCUAGAUCUCCCUCCUCCACCACCACCACCAUUACCACCAACCUCACCACCACUACCAUCAGUGCAGGAGUUGUUACCCCUCCUCCAAAGACUGCUCCCAAGCCCCUUGCUAAGCCAAAACUGCCAAGACGAUCAACGAGCGAUGCUAUACUUGUCCCAACGGUCAAACCAACCACAAGUCCUAAGCCACCACCACCAGUCGCCCAAAAGCCCAAACCUAGCCAGCCUCCAGUCACUUCCCCCAAGCCUUCUGCUGCGAUAUCAACAAGGCCCGAUCCUGGAACUUCUCCUGGAACAACUCCUGUGGUGACCAAUGGUGGAAUUCCGCCUCCUGUAGCAUCCAAGCCCAAACCGAAGCCUCUAGUCAAGAGCAAAACUUGGAUUGCCUCACCACAACAGUCUUUGGAACUGGAAGAAAGUGCCAAAGCAAGUGAAGCGAUAUCAGAGAGAAACAGUACUACUACAACCUCUGAGGACCCUGUCAGUGAAGCUGCCUCAGGGAUUCCACCAAAAGAUAAGACUGAGAAAGCGGAAUCAGAGAAUGUACCAGAGAAAAAUAUAGACAAUAUAUCUAUUCCUGUUGAAGAAAGAAAAGACAUCCCAGCUGAUGCUGACCAAAGUAUUCAAUCCUCUAGUGACGAAUUAAGAAACUCAAACGCUGAUAGUUUACAAAACUGUGUUACAGAGGAACCACAGCAUUGUGAGAAUUCACAGAGUAAUUCUAUUGACAGUACUGCGGCAGACCCUUCCAAUUUACCCAUUAAUGUCUCUGAUAUUUUCGAAGACUCUUCGCAAUUUCCAUCACCUCAUAGCAACGAUGGUAUUAGCAAUGACAGUUCUUCUGCAGAUAGUAGCUUAGAGACUGCUGAUAUUCCUAUAGCCCAACCCAGCACUUGUAAUUUGAGUGCCUCAUUGGAAAUCACUGCCAACUCUGUUCCUGCGUCCGAGAUAGAUCAGGAAAGUAGUUCAACAGAUCCUGCAUCUCGGCAUGAUGAUGAUGAUGAUGCAUUUGUGGAAAGUGGUGCUUCCUCAGGGAAGAAUGAACCUAUAGAAUUGCCAAAGCCUCCUGUUCCUGCCCCUAGAAAAUCUCUGUCAAGUGUAAAUUCUGAAGCAUCAUCUAUAGACUCAUAUGAUUUAUUAAACACUGGCAGUUCCUUCAAGAGCCACAGAUCUUCCAACUCCGUCCGCAGCCAGGGAAGUAGCCGUCUUGGUUCAGACAGUGAGGACGAAUGCGGUGUCUUUGAAAUCCAGCCGGACAUCCCGGAGGAAGACGAAGAAGCAGAAGAAACAAGGGUCCAUGAAGAGAGCAAUGGACCUGAAGAUGAAGAUCAUUUGAAAGAACAGAACAACCGCUUCAGUGUUUUUGCAGAUCUGCAAGAACAGGAAGGACACAUUGCAGAGAAUGAUAAUGACAUUGUCCUUGUGUCACUAAAAGCUGGUGUCCAAGACAAAAGUGAGAUUGAGAAUGAAACGGAAGCAAAUCAUAGUGACCAGAUUGUUUCUGACAGGGGGAAUAACAUUUCUCAAGAAUGUGAUGAGGAACAGUCUGCAUCAAAGUCUGUUGUUGUAGUAGGUCAGGUUGAAGACCCUGUAUCCAGUGAAAAGGACAAAGACACCAAAGAAAAUACUGAGGAUCCAUUGAAAGUGCAUGUAGAUGUUGAACAUGUUGGAUUAACCGCUCAGGAUAUACCUGUGUCCUACCCUGAAGAAUCAGAAGUCAGGGAACCAGAAGGUAUUUCUGAAAUUGAGGAAAGUGAGGAAGUGAAAACGCAAGAAAAUCAGACACAUCAAGAAAGAGAAGAAGUCGAAGGGGCACUUGGACAAGAACUGUCUACGGGAGGAGAAGAUAGCGAGGAAGAAUUUGAUGAGAUGGGUAAGCGGGUAUUUUCACUAUCAAGGAAGAAGAAGCCUGGAGUGCUGAAGUAUUCCUCAGGAGAAUUCCAUGAGCAGUAUGAAGGCGCCGGACAGGAGAAGAGUGUUCCUGACAAUUCUAAAAGCAAAGACCCCAAGAAAAAACCUAAAAAGGAUCAAAAGAAGGGUAAGAAAGAAGUGACUAAAGAAAACAAUGUGAUUGAAGAUGUUCAUGAUGAAUCGGCUGCAGCUUGUAAAGAGGAGCUAGAUGCCAGUUCUGAUGAAGACAGACCAUCCAAGCCCCCAAGGAUGCGCCCUGGGGCGACACCUGAAGAACUUGAAGUUGGGAGAGCAUCUACUACUUCAGAUGUCUCCACCGGCCCUUUAGAAGGUGAAGAUACAGUAAGACCUAUGCCCUCUCCAAGAGUGUCUUUGCCUGUACCAUCUCGACCAAAGAUCAGUCUAAGUCAUCGGGUCGGGAGUCCGCCCUCGCAAAGUGACGACGAUCAGAACACUUCUAUCAUCAAUGAUGAUGAAGAAGCUGCCAUUGAUGCAACCAGUGAUUCAUUCAGAGAGGAUCAGAUGGUCAAUGGUGUAGGAGCGGGAGCUGUUGUGACUCGUGUUGAUUCUGAUGGAGAGGAGGAAGUGUUCAUAGGUGGCAUGCCGUCAACCUCCAUGUGUACACAAACGGCUUUUGCAGAUCAGGCCUCCCUAACCUCCUCAGCAGACGGUUCUCAAGAGAUGAGGACCUUGCAACAAGUGAACAAUGACCAACAGUUCCGUCACUUUGCUACCAUCGAGCCAGUGGGAGAUGCAGCACAAAAGAAAGAAAGUCCCUCAGCAGAUGUCCUUGCUGACAGUUCAACCCUUAUGUCAGGACCCACAGACACCCUCACCACACUUAGUGAGAAUCAGUCUAUCACCAUUAGUAUCACCGAGUCAGAACCUCUAAGUGACAGUGCAGAGUUCCUGUCACAGCCUUCAGAACACGCUCUCAACAAGCCCUGGUCUGAAGUGGCCGCAGUGACCGUUGCCGUCACAACUAUGCCAGAACCUCUGGUUCCAGAAUUCACCCGUGUAGAGGGGGAUUCCUCGACAACAAGCAGCUCUUCAUCCUUGGUCCCAUGUCAACCCAGCGCCCAAGAAAACACAAGCCUCGAUUCAAGUCAGGAUGACUGUGAUGAGGAGGACGAAGAUGAUGAUGAUGACGACACUAGGAAUAUGUAUGACAAGAUCGACAUUUAUGAUGAGAGCUACAAAAAGAAAGACUGGAAAUAUAGAGAGACUGAGAAGGAGAUCAGAAUGAUCACGCAACCUGAUCCAGAAAAUGAUGAUGAGGCAGCUGAAGCCAAAGACACUGUCAGCCGUCUUUCGCAGUCAUCCCUGGCUACUACAGCCUCGGAGCAGGAGUAUAAGUCCAGCUUUGGUGAGCGCCCUCAUCGGAUCCAGAGAAAGAAGGGUUCCGAAGACUUUGUCCGGUUGUCAAGAAUAAGUCGAGAGCGAACUAUACAUCUUCACAGACAGGAUGGGACCUACGGCCUGAGGAUACAGAAGAGCAAACCAGUGGUUAUAACAAACUUAGACCCAGGGGGUCCAGCGGAGAAAGCAGGGUUGAAGAUGGGAGACAUGGUCCUGAAAAUCAACGGUCAAGAUGUGAGACAAGUCCGCCAUUCAGAAGUGGUCAAGCUAGCCACUGAAGCUCCCGAGCCGUUGGUGCUUGUUGUCGGGACUAUGGUAUGCAACAGUCUCAACCUCCGCGGUGAUCAGACCAUCAUGAGUGGAUACAUGCACAAGCUGGCGAGCACCGGUAUGAUCAAGCAAUGGAGGAAACGGUGGUUCGUUCUGAAACAUGACCACUGCCUCUACUACUACAAGACCGAAGAUGAUGUUCUACCCCAGGGAGCGAUAGUACUACAGAACUACACAGUAACAAAGGCGAGGGAUGCUGGCAAGCAGUUCUCUUUCAAAUUAACCAAAGAGGGCGCUAGGACGUAUGUAUUCUACACCUCCAAUGAAGAAGAAAGGAGCAGUUGGGGCAAAGCGAUUAACGAUGCAGCCAACCCGAACCACAAGACGGACGUCUGGCUCGAUAUCAGCACCCACAACGUUAGUAUACCGGCCCUGUCCAUCAAGGACCCAGAAUGCACUGGGUACAUAACCAAGUGGAACGGCAAGAUGAAGAAUCCUCGGAGACGCUACUGCGUCCUCAAAGAUGCCUGUCUCUAUUACUUCAAGGAGAUGAACGCGCUGGAAGCACAAGGCGUGGUCCAUCUCCAUGGUUACAGCCUUCAAGAGACGGAGCUGAAGGGUAAGAAGUUUGCCUUCAUCCUCAAACCACCCGAUGAGGAGCUUCGAGAAUUCUACUUCUUUGCUGAUCAUGACACGGAUCGGAAAAGAUGGGUAGCUGCCCUUGCGUCCUCCAUCGGACGUUGGAUUUCCACCAAUAACCCUGAAGACGGGGAUGAUGAUGGAACGGAGAUGUAUAUAUGAGACCAGAGAGCCGUCAGCAUUCAGCUUCGUUACAACAUUCUCAAUGAAACUGUCCUGUGAGAACAUUUUGCAUCCAUGACACUUUCCCCAUUUCAUUUAUGGGUGGAUGAGAUUGGAUUUGUAAAUCAAAUCACAUUCUUGAGCAAUUUGGGGCCGGACAUGUACUUACAAAAUAUUGCAUAACUAGAGAACCACAGAUGUUGCCAAUUUGGCUUUAGAAGCUGCGGAGACUUGAAAGAAAAAAAGGUUAUGAAACAACAUGGCAACAGCUUUUUGUGUUGUGAACAUAUUCAGUAGGGGGACACUAAAUUUCAGUGAGUAUAGAUAUUGGGUCACAGCACAGGAUUUUCUUUUUUAUAAUUGUUUCUUGCCUUGAAAAUGACUAUCAUAAGGAUGCAAAUUUUCAGCUGCAAAUGUAUUCAUAAAUCAGAUCAUUGCAUUUUGGUGCAGUGAAUUAUUUUUGCUAACAAAGUGCCAUCAGGACUAAUAAUCAGAAGGUUGACUUGUAUGUUAGUAUCAUUUAUAAUUCUUCCAUUCACAACUUACUGUUAUAGAAGGUCAAAGGUCGAGGAUCGAAAUCAUUUAAGGUGACCACAAAAAAAAUCACAGUUUACAAAACUGUUGAAUCUUGGUAAAUAUAUCCUCUCUCAUUUGAUAACUUAUUAGUUUUGUCAUUUCUUUUAUAUUGUUUUCUGAGGAGGCGCGAUAGCUCAGUCGUUAGAGCGGGGAUUUCGUAUUCCGGUGACCCGGGUUCGAUUCACGAUUGGUGCGCUAGUGCCCUUUGGUAAGGCAUUUAAAUCCUCAUUACCAGGUCCCUUGGAGAGGACCUUAAGCUGUCUGUCCUCUGGUUGCUGCUUACAAGCAUUCAUGCUUUCUUUGCAAUCAUGUAAAAAAUCACUACCAAUUUAAAUCUUAAAAUGGAAAUGCUUUUUGAACUAUGUUAGGUGGACUUACAUGAUAUUUGGUAUUAAGCAGAGAUUAUUUUCAAAUUUUACAUGAAUAAACAUGUAAAUGUAUUAUAUCAGAGGAGUACUAUUCAGAGCCAUAGUUUUAAUGAUAAAAGGAGUUUAUGUUAAUUAUAUAUUUCUAUAGCACAUGUGUGUCUUUGAUGUUAACCUACAAGAGAUUAAGUUCAGGGAAUUAAUUCCUACUAAAUAAUAAUAAUGGCAAAAAGAAGCUGCUGAAAACUGCCUAUCUAAUAAAAGAGAGCCAAUGGAGUAAAUUAGAAAGUCAAAAAGGGGCCUAAGCUUUCGAUCCUAGCAGAAUCUUCGUCGGAGGCAAA